UUAUGGACCUCACAAAUAUGGCGCCGCUCAUGGCCAGGUUUGUUUCCGUUUCUAGAAAACUGGGAAGUUGUCUAAUAAAUGCGGCUUUCGUCAGCCAAGCGGCGAUAUACGACACCAAAAUGGACCCGGGCACAGCGACCAAGCUGGAGUUUGCAGUGCAGAUGACAUGCGAGAGCUGUGCUAAUAAAAUUAGAGCAGCACUGGAAGGUAAACCAGGAGUGAAGUCGGUCAGUAUCGAUGUUGGGAAGGAGGAGGUGUUGGUGGAGUCGGCUCUGACCACUGCGGAGGUGCAGGCCCUGAUAGAGAGCACGGGACGCAGGGCCGUACUGAAGGGUAUCGGAAGCACAGAGCAAGACCUGGGUGCAGCAGUGGCCAUGCUGUCCGGGAUGGGUCCUAUCCAGGGGGUGGUGCGCUUCCUCCAGCUGUCCGGGAGGAACUGCCUGAUCGACGGGACCAUCGACGGACUGGAGCCUGGACCCCACGGCCUCCACGUCCACACGCUGGGGGACCUCACACAGGACUGCCUCAGCUGUGGAGAGCACUAUAAUCCCUUUGGAAGACGACACGGUGGACCAGGGGACUCUGAGAGGCAUGUCGGUGAUCUGGGGAAUGUUUUUGCUGGACCGGAUGGCAGAGCCUCAUUUAGACUAGAAGACUCUCAGAUAAAGGUGUGGGAUGUGAUCGGCCGAUCGCUGGUGGUGGACGCAGGGGAGGACGACCUGGGCCGUGGCGGACACCCUCUGUCUUCACAGACUGGAAACUCUGGGGAAAGGUUGGCCUGCGGGAUCAUCGCUCGGUCGGCAGGCCUUUUCCAAAAUCCCAAGAAGAUUUGUGCCUGUGAUGGGGUCACGCUGUGGGAGGAGAGAGACAGGCCGAUAGCCGGGAAGGGUCGAAACAAAACCAGCACAGAGACUCCGGCAGCACACCUCUGAGCCUCGGACACAAACACCGGUCAUAACUGUGACGUAAACAUCACACUAAUGAUCUGCACUGAGCAGUUUAAAUGAAAAGGUCUCCAAGACGAAUAGAGAGGACGUUUGUUGAUAGUUGAUACAGGGUCAGGAAAGCAGGGAGCAAGACAAAGCACUGAAGAAUAUAGAUCCAGACAGCUGGAUAAACGACCAAAGGAAAGCGGCCUUAUUUUUGUGAUUUUUUUUUUUUUUUUUUGUCCACUGAUAUAAUGAAAUGCACUUGUUCUCUCACCCGGCUUUGUGAAUUGUAAAAGCACUAAAGCAGAUUAUAACACAGCUUGAGCCUUUGCAAACACUCAGCUCUGAUUAGCGAGAUGAUUUCUGAUAAUAUUGUUUUACGCACAAUAUAACUAGAAAGUUGACACCUCUGUUUCAUCCAUUUAUGCUGAUCCACUAGCAAGACGUGAACAAUCCAUUUCAGGCGAACGGAGUCCAGUAAUCAGUGGCUUUGAGUAAGUGGGCAUCAAGUUGCCAUUAAAAUGCUCAAGAUACUAUUCCAUCCCAUUGAAAACAGCAGUAGGACAGAAUAAAAAUCCAUCCCUGAUGUUUGUAAUCAAAACCAUCCUCCCAUUCUCAUCAGAUAAUCCAAAGCAUCACGCUUAUGUAAAGUCUGAACUGCAUCCAUUCCUCCUCCAGUCUGUUCAUUUUAAAUCCAUAAGGUGGUGUGAGUGACUUGGGUAAGAGAGGUUAACUGGAAAAGAGUGGGAGAGAGAGAGAGUCAAAUUCCAGCCCAAAGAUAAAGGGCAAGAGGUGUAAAAGAGAGAGGGGCGAGCCUCAAAGGAUUGCAUGGUCAGCUGUCUUGUCAACAUGGAGUUUCAGGAUAGAAUUCCUUCAUCGUUGCAACAGCCACCUUCAGAGCCACUGCACAACGCACAACACAGAAAACACUUUUUUGGCCAGAUUAUUACGCAGAUCCCAUGUUUACUGAUAUUGUCAGAAUGAAUGUGACAAUCAAAGUAUAAUUAGACAAUAUUUAAUAACUUAUGAAACUUCUACAUGCUUUGUUGGGAGAUAUUUUUCUUCUUGUUGAAGAGAUUGAUAUUGUAUUGCCAUACAAUAGUGUAGCACUCACUGAGUUUUAAAUUGAUUUGAAAACUGAGAAAUGUGUCUUGUGUGGUGAUGCCUGUGAAUAAACUGACUGGAUUUUCUUGCAAAA